AUGACAACACGUAAAGAAUCAUUAUACGAAGAAAAUGCCGGUGAAUCGAAUGACAAUGCGAAGCAAAGGAAAUUAAGAACGAUUGGGACUGUUUUGAAAAUUUUAAAAGAAGAUGGGAUCGCAUCCUUCUGGCAAGGUGUCAUCCCUGCUUUAGUAUUGGUGGCAAACCCUAUUAUUCAAUAUACUACCUUUGAACAAAUGAAGGCAGUGAUAGAAAAAAGAAGUAAAUUGGGAAACAUCCACUUCUUUUUACUAGGUGCUAUUAGUAAACUUAUUGCUACUGGAUCCACAUAUCCUUACAU